AUUGAGUCAGAUCAACACUAUCUAUCGCUAGUUAAUUACUAGCAGAGAGUCCUGGACCGUUAACAUCUUAUAUAACAAGCCGCUAUAGCCAUCUUAACCCUCUACGCUGCUCCUCGAUCGCCUCCUUACUUUCCUAGUCUAGUAAUUGCGCCAUCCACGCGCUGUCUUCAUUCAUCCACAAUGGUCGCAACUCCAGCCUGCAUUGCUUCGGUGCUACUUGCGACUGUAGCCCACGUGCUCGCAAGCGAAGUAGUAACAUAUCCAGCCGUCGGGUACAGCCCACAAUACUUCAGCUUCGACGACUACGAAGCCCUCAUCAUCGACGAAACGCAACAACCUACACGAUCGUUUGCCCCUCCACCAGCACAGCCUGCCUCUCCGCCCCAGGCGCAACCCAAACCGUCAUCGCAGGACCCUCGACCUUCGUCUUCGACUUUGCCGAAACAGGCCGCUCCGAUGCCAUCAAGACGCGCUGGGACUGCACCUUUACCGGUGCUCCGACCGCCACCACCGCGUCAUGCCUCUUCUCCCGCAGGAAUCCCAUCCUCGAGAGUUACCAGUCGACCAUGUUUCCGCCUACGACGUUCUUGGUGCCGGCGCCGACGGGGCAGACGGUGUUUGAGUAUUAUGAGGUUCAGUAUGCGAGUAUGACGGUUGUGGGUAGUUUCAAGGAUGCGGCGGUGCCGACGGUGACGUCGGGUGGGGGUGGGGGUAGUUUGAUGACUUUGGCGCCGACGGUGGGGGGUUGGGGCGCGGAUGGGACUGGGGUUGCUGGGAGGAGGUGUGUUGAUGGGGUAGUUGCUGGUGU